AUCGGAGAUGAAAUUCUGAUUGUGCGAUGUGGUGGUUUCAGCAUCUUGAAAUCAAAUGUACAUUAAGGAUAUGAUCUGGAGACCUGCCAGUGUAAAGAACUUGCAGAGGAUUUAACAGUUGGAUUUAACAGUUGAAACAGAAGUUUAAGUGAUUUCCCACAUAAAAAAGCUUAAUCAAGGAGAAUGAGAGGAGCUGUGCUUGUGGCCGUUGCUGCCACAAUUGGCAAUAUGUUGCAGGGAUGGGACAAUGCAACAAUAGCAGGGGCAGUUUUUUACAUAAAAAGGGAAUUUAGUUUGGAAACGCAGCCUACCCUAGAAGGGCUGAUUGUAGCCAUGUCACUAAUUGGAGCCACUCUUAUCACAACAUUCUCUGGACCAGUAUCAGAUUCAGUUGGGCGGCGCCCUAUGAUUAUUGCCUCAUCAGUUCUCUAUUUUCUUGGCGGUAUAGUGAUGUUUUGGUCUCCGAAUGUCUAUGUCCUGCUUAUUGCAAGGCUUAUAGAUGGAUUUGGAGUUGGUCUUGCUGUCACUCUUGUCCCUCUCUAUAUAUCUGAGACCGCCCCAUCAGAGAUAAGGGGCUUGCUGAAUACCCUUCCACAGUUCACUGGUUGUGUUGGAAUGUUCUUCGCGUACUGCAUGGUUUUUGGAAUGUCAUUGUUGGAUGCUCCUAGCUGGAGAUUGAUGCUCGGGGUUCUCUCUAUACCAUCUGUAGUAUAUUUUGCAUUGGCAGCAUUCUUUCUGCCUGAAUCUCCUAGGUGGCUCGCGAGUAAAGGUCGGAUGGAAGAGGCUAAACAUGUUUUACAGAGAUUACGUGGAAGGGAAGAUGUCUCAGGUGAAAUGGUCUUAUUGGUUGAAGGACUUGGAACCGGAGCUGACACAACUAUAGAAGAGUACAUAAUUGAGCCAGACAACGAGAUUGCAGGCGAUCCAGAUCAUGUAGAGAAAGAUAAAAUUAAAUUAUACGGUGCUGGACAAGGCCAGUCAUUGGUUGCCAAAGCUGUGAGAGGGCAGAGUAUGCUCGGUGUGAUGUCUCGUACCGGAAGCAUGGCAGUCCGGAGUGCUUCUAUGAUGGACCCUAUGGUCACUCUGUUUGGCAGUGUUCAUGAGAAGCUUCCAGAGAUGGGAAGUAUGCUCUUUUCACAUACAGGAAGCAUGUUGAAUGUGCCUGAACAGCCUGUCAAUGACCAAUGGGACGAAGAGAAUCUUCACAGAGAGGGUGAUCACCACUAUUCUGAUGCUUCUGGGGGAGAAUCUGAUGAUAACGUAAGAAGCCCAUUGCUCUCGCGCCAAACUAGCACAGCAGAGAGGGAAGGAGGUGCUGCUGCGGCCUCCAAGAGCAGCUUAUAUAGCUUACGGCAUCAUAGCAGCCUCUUCCAAGGAAAUGCAGGGGAAGCGGUGAGCAGCAUGGGUAUUGGUGGUGGUUGGCAUUUAGCAUAUAAAUAUGCGGGGAGGAAAGGUCAUGACGGAAAGAAGGGAGGACUUAGAAGAAUCUACUUGCACCAGGAAAGUAACCCAAUAUCACGGCGUGGUUCUAUUCUAUCACCUUCUGGUGCUGAUAUGACUGCAGGAGAUGCAGUUCAUGCAUCUGCUCUUGUUAGCCAAUCUGUCCUUCAUGUAGAAAAUCUCCCUGGUCAGCACCCAGUGGGAGCAGCAAUGACUCAACGACCUAAAUCUGCCAAGGGAGGACCAAGUUGGAGUGAUCUUCUCGAACCAGGUGUGAAGCAUGCACUGAUUGUUGGAGUAGGAAUUCAAAUACUUCAACAGUUUUCUGGCAUCAAUGGGGUGAUGUACUAUACACCUCAAAUUCUUGAUCAAGCAGGUGUGGGAAUUCUUUUAUCUGACUUGGGUAUUAGUUCAGAGUCCGCUUCGUUCCUCAUAAGUGGACUCACAACCUUGUUGAUGAUUCCAAGCAUUGCUGUUGCCAUGAGACUGAUGGAUAUUGCAGGAAGAAGGUUUCUGCUGCUGGGUACCCUUCCAGUCCUACUAGCUUCACUCGUUCUCCUUGUGCUGGCAAACACCAUUAACUUAGGUUCUGUCCUCCAUGCAAUUAUCUCAACUGUUUGUGUUAUCGUUUACUUCUGUUUCUUUGUCAUGGGCUUCGGACCUAUCCCCAAUAUUCUCUGCUCUGAAAUCUUUCCCACACGUGUUCGUGGCCUUUGCAUUGCCAUAACUGCUCUGACAUUUUGGUUUGGGGACAUUCUAGUCACGUACUCUCUUCCAGUUAUGCUCAACAGCGUUGGCCUUUCCGGUGUUUUUGGCUGUUAUGCUUUUGUAUGCGCUAUUGCAUGGAUCUUUGUGUACAUGAAAGUGCCUGAAACAAAGGGUAUGCCACUUGAAGUCAUUACAGAAUUCUUUGCUGUGGGAGCUAAACAAUCUGACAUGUCUACAUAGAAAGAGCUUAUGUUUCAAGUUUGAUGCUGAGAGCGCUGGCAACGUUUUUGAGAUAACUCUAAAGUGCUAAUUGGUGGUUGUCUGGAGGAAGAAAAAUAAUUUUCAGCCAUUGUCGGAUAUCUAAAGCAGUGUCAUCCUUUCUAUAUUUUUUCUGUAUACGUUUCUGUACUGAGUUGGUGUCUGGCCUUUCCUGUCUGAGCUUUUAAGUGUGGAUAACUUGUUCAACUGUGCUUCUGAUGAGUAACUAUUUUAGCCAUUGCUUU